AUGACGGGUAUAUCUUCUAAGAAAGAAAAUUUAUUAUUUUCUUCCAACGGUUGUAAUAAAGUCAAAUCUAUUCUUCCUGAUGAUGAGUGGAAUACGCUAAAGCAAGGAGCUAACAAAGAAAUCAACAGUAUUGAAAAAACAGAUUUAUUGGAAUCAUAUUUUUCAGCAAGUCAAGAUACCAAUGUAGGGAGUACUCACUCCCAGUCAAGUGAGUUUGAAGACAGUAUUGACUAUGCUUUUUUGAAUGAGACAUACUCUAUACAUUAUUCAGAGUCAAAGCUAAAUGAAAAUCUUGCUCUUUUAAAUUCAGAAUUAGAUCCUGAAAAGAAAAAAAGAGAAGAGAUAUUUUUUGAUAUUUUGGAGCAUCAAGGUAAGAAGACUGUUGGCUUGGAAAAAAUCUCCAAGAUUUCAGAUGAUGACUAUACAGAAACUGCUGAAGAUAUGCAAAAGUAUGAUAUAAAUGAAGACUCACAGCAGGAAUAUCACAGUGCAGAAGAACAAGAAUAUAUAAGUAACCAUUUAUCUUUUGAUGAAGCCAAAACAUUAAGUAUAUCUAAUCUGGAAGUUAUUGAAUUAAGAAAUUCAGGUUAUGAAGUUAAAUGUGUUAGCAAUAUAGAAGAUAAUCAUGUUAAGUUGGAAAGUAGUUCUAUUAUUUCUUUGGAUUCACUUAAUGUUUUUGCACAAGAAUAUUCGCCUCAUGUCUCUAAAUUUCAGAAUUCUGUCAUGAUAAAAGAAAAUCAUGAAUCAAAGCAUGAAAAAUGGAAGGAACAAGAGACUAGUUUAAUGUACCACACUGUAUUUGAUCAUCUGAUACAAAGAAACAAUUCUCUUGGAAACCAAGAAUCUCAACCUAAGAGUGGUUUCUUGAAUCCUCAAAAAACACUCAAAACUAAGAUUUAUACUGAGAAAAUGAAAUCUCAAAUACCUGAAAGUAAAGAUCUUUGUGGAAAUACAGUUGUUGAAAACAAAGUAUCACAGCAUCUUGAAAAUCCUACCAAGUUACCUCAGAACAAAGCUUUGGAGUCUUUACUCCAGUCCUGUAAAGGUUGCCAGACUUCCUGGGCCUCUGUUUUUGAUGACUCAGUCAUUUCUGCCUGUGGGUAUUCACAUUAUAAAAGCCUUUGCAACCCUGACCCAGCCUUGGGUUUCUCUGUUACACUACCAAGAAUUGCAGUCAAAGAUAAUCAGGCAGUGGAAAAGGAUAGUUCCCUAAAAGUUGUUAGCAACAGUACUACAAAUAAAAUAUGCUCUCCUGAUAGGAAAGGAACAUGUCCUAAAUCAGUGUCAGAUGCAGCAAGUUGUACAGUCACAGUUAAUCAGACAGUGGAUGUUAGCACUGAUUUUAGGGCUUGUUUCACAACCAGCAGGGCAACAAGUGCAAGAUCUCCUGUAGUAUCUACAUCAAGCAACACAGAGAUAACAAUGAUGAAUAAACAAAGGCCUGGCGGAUGGCAGAGUGGAAAACAAACAAGUGUGGCUUGUAAUACAGACUGGUCAUGCAGUCAAGAUUGGGUAGACACACAGGUGGUUUUGACAAAAGGAUCAGGAAGAUCUCUCUCAGUUGAUGGUUUAAAGCCAGAUGGAAAUUUCCUAAAUAAGGAUUCCAUGGAAGUAAGAAAAACAUUGGAUAUCAUAGACUUAAAGAAACAUCCUGAGAGGGAAUUUCAACUUUCUAAAGAGAUGGAGAAGAAUUUGCCAUCAAAGUGCUGUCAGAAUAUAAUGCAGAGAGCCAUAAAAGCAGAGAUGCACCUUUUAAACGUUCACUAUCAGAUGUGUCAUCAACAUUGUUGUGAUAUUUACAAAUUUAUAAUGGAAAAUAGAGAAGGAUUAAAUAGGAAUUUGCCAAGUAAUUCUGCUAAGAAAGAAUUAGGGUCGGCACUACUAUCUGUUUUGGGAGACUUAAAAGUUAGAUAUAUGAAUUUGAAAGAAAAAAUACACAAGGGCAUACUACUGGAAGAGCUGCCCCCACUGUCAGUAGAAUCAAAAUUAUUGUCUGCCUUCUCUACUUUUGCUUCCAGGUUGGUAAAAGAAGAAUCACAUGACUUUUCAGGAGCAGAUUCGGAACUAGAUAAUCAAAGUGCACCUGAUGUUGAUGUUUCUCCAGCCCUAAAAAAGACACUCUCUCAAAUGUCUUUAUUAUCUGACAGUAGUCAUUCUACACAAGAUCCAACACCUGAGAAAGACAGUUUUAAAAAUGGUGAUAUAAAUGUAGACUUUAGUCAACUGAAACUUGAUGAUAAAGAGUACAGAAAUUACCGUGAAAUCAGUGAAGACUGGUUUGAUGCUAAAGAGAACCUGACAGGCGCUGACUUCUCAGGAAUACAAGAAAACCAAAUUGAACACGACAAAUGGAAUCCAAAGUUUACACAAGAAAUGAAGAAUGUCGAACCCUUACGAAGAGAUAAAUGUUUUCUGAUACAUGUUGGUGGUCUCUGCCCUUCGGUGUCUGAGGCUGAUUUAAGGUCUCAUUUCCAGAAGUACCAAGUUUUUGAAAUUUCAAUUUAUGAUUCUUCUACUAAUUACAGAUAUGCGUCUCUUGCUUUUAAAAAAAACAGUGAUGCAAAGAUGGCUGUGAAAGAAAUGAAUGGAAUGGAAAUAAAUGGAAAAUCAGUAAAUGUGAGGCUUGUUAAAACUCCUGGAGAAUAUACAUCACCACUUGCCUCCAAAAAUGGGAAUAAAGUUGGUUUGAAUAAUUUGGAGAAAAACACCAACAAAGAAAUGAAUGCCUCCUGCAUUUCUAAAUUGCCCAGAACUAGGCCAAGGCAGCUGGGAUCUGAGCAAGACAGUGAGUUUUCCCCUUCGGACCAGAAGGGUGUUAAGAAGAAUUGUAAACAGAUUGAAUCUGCUCAUUUAUUACCUGAGACACCUAUUCAAUUUAUACCUCCAAAUACAUUGAACCUUCGUAGUUUUACCAAGAUCAUGAAGAGACUGGCUGAACUGCAUCCAGAUGUCAGCAGAGACCAUAUUAUAGAUGCUCUUCAAGAAGUAAGAGUAAAUCAUAAAGGUUUCCUGAAUGGCUUAUCUAUUAGUACUAUUGUGGAAAUGACUUCAUCUGUUCUGAAAAACUCUGCUUCCAGUUAG